AAUUUAAGAAAAAUAUGACAAUUAGAAUCAUAAAAUCACAAAAAAUGAAAUCAAUCAACUUACACCAGUGACAGGAAUCCCUUGUAAAGAACCAGAUUUGAUUAAACCAAAGUGUUAUGCCGAUGAUUGUAUUUUAGGUAAAAUUGAUACCGGAAUCUUGAAUACUUUUCUGUUGUAACAAUUAACAGAUAAAAAAACGGAUAUUAGUAAAAUGCAAAUAAUCAAUCAAAAAGUAUGGAAGGUUAAAUAUGAUUUUGUUUGUUCAACUUGCUCAGAAUUAAUGUUCGACAUCAUGAUGUAUCAGCCAAUUUUGUCAUUAAAUAAUUACAGUUAAUUCCUAUGAUUAAAGAUUAAAGAUUGAUUGACCUUGUAGAAAUUGAAAUCACGAUUAGAAGUUUAAAGAUUAAAUAAAGACAUUGAAUUAUUAUUAACAAUUCAUCAUCAGGUAGACUAUUAUUUUAAUGAUAUUUGGUCAUUUGAAGAUUUAAAUUGACUAAUUUGUAAUCAUUUGCAUGUAUUAGUUGAAUCUCAGGAUAAUAAUGGUUCCAGUAACAAUCCAAUUAGUUUCUAUGCUCUUUACCUGAUUAAUUCAAUUUGUAUUUUCUACCAUGUUUACAAUUUAUAUUUCAUUCGAGUGAUGCUUGUGAUCAUACGAAUAAUGAAAAAGUCAAAGAAGAUCAGUCGACAAUUAGAAAUUCAAUCCAAGCCAAGAAUCAAGACGAAUCCUUUUACCAACAAGAUUAUGGUUACACCUAAAAAAGAGGAUCAACCAUUUGAGAAACAACAAUCAGAAGAAAUUAGAAAAUAAUAAAUUUUUGGAGUUAAUAAGUGAAUUUAUUGAGUGAAUGUAUUAAUAACUGAAACAGAUCGAAAAUGAUUACCUUCAACCACAUGAAUUUCGCGGGUCGAAUCUCAGGUCACAGGACUAAAAGCCAAAGAUUAAUAGCUUAUUACUCUUUGCUAAAAGCUUUUAAUUGUAUGAUGGUUGAGCCUUUGAUCACCAUUACAGUUGAUUGUUUUCCAAUUACUCUUAAGUUGAUUAUCUUCAUAGAAGUUCAAUUAUUUCAAGUUUUAGUCUACCCUGAUUCUCAAAUGGAUAUUUCUGAUUUGUGAAAAUGCAACUAAAUGAUUUACCUAACGAUUGUUUAUCGUAUAUAUUUGAUUAUUUUCCGGAACUUAAACAACUUUUGACUUUGUCGACAGUUUGUAGUGGAUGGAACAAUUUAGUUAAAAGGAGACUGAAAAAAGUUCAAUAUUUACAUUUGGAUGUAUCUUUCGCGACUCACUAUUCUGACUCUAGGAAAUAUUCAUCUAAAAAUCAUGUCUACACAUGUAACAUUGGAUUACUUGAGAGAGUAAAUGUUUCUAAACUCUUACCAAAUCUCAAAUUUUUUACAGUAAAUUAUUACGACAAUAACCAGUGUAUGUGCAAGGCUGUAAUCAAUGUUUUAUCGACUUCGAACACGUUGAUUGGAUUAUCGGGGCGCACUCCAUGUUGCGGAAGUAAGGCUCGCAUUUGCCCUCGUGGUGUUGACAUCGAUGAAAUAGUGCAACAUUGUGGUAAUUUGGAAUAUCUUUCGUCGGAGUCGAAACCUUUUAUUUGGAGUUUUUUCUUCUCAUUUGGAGACAAUUUGAAACACUUUGAAGCUUUGGUAGAUCUCUCUGGAUUUUCUUUUUACCAUGGAGCUUCUGAUUCUUUUGCAAGAAUAUUGGCGAAAAUGCCAAAUCUUGAAACUUUGACUUUGUUAUAUGACUCUGAAAUCAAACCUCGCUGUUGGCCUACACCGAAAAUAAAUUUGAAACAGCUCAAAAUUCUAAAUUUUUACAUGGGAUCUUCGACUUUUCAAGUUUUAUCUCUUUUCCCUGAAUUACCUAGUCUCUACUUGCGAAUUGAUAUGUUAAAAGAAGUUCAAACUUUUCCUACUUCGGAUAUUCAUCCGAGUGUCCAAGAUUUAGUAAUACGAAUCGACAAUUUCAUGAAUGAUUAUCAGUACGAUCGCGAUUUCAAAUACCCACAUUUGUUUAAAAGUAUUUUGACCAAGUUUCCUAAUUGUAAGAAUCUUAUGAUCGAUGUUGCCUACAAAUACAUAAAUAAUAAGAUGAUGAUCGAGAUAAUUGAAAUGUUACCCAAGCUGAAUCUAUUUGUUCAAAAUGUUUAUCAAGCCUUAGAUGAUUGGAAAGAUCCGGAUUACUUUAAUUCAGUCGAUAGACAUUUCAAUUCAACUGGUCGCAGAAUCGCUAUCUUCUUAUUCAAGAACAAAGGAUUUGGACGAAUCAUUGAGUAUUCACAUAAUGAAGAUAUUGCCAAUCCUUUCAAAACCGAGAACCUAUUCAUCCAUAAGUAUUUCCGCAGUGAAAGACAUUCUUAUCCAUCAAUUUUCUAAUCUGGAAGAAAGAUAAUCAAUGAAUAAACAAAAAGAGAAUAACAUUACACCAAGCAAAUUAUCUGUAAAUAUUAAUAUUUAUCAUAAAGUGUAAUUUGCGGCCAUUCCUCCGUCAACCUUUAAUCCUGAACGCGGAGGUUUCAUUAGAACUAAAAUAUCGCUCGUACCGAGUGCAAUUAGACCUUGAAAAGCGGGUACAAAAUAAACUCCACCAUUAAUAAAUCAAUCAAAAAGUUAAAAUUGAAAGGUUAAAUUUGAUUUUGUUUGUUCAACUUGAUCAGAAUUAACGUUCGACAUCAGGAUGUAUCAGCCAUAUGCUUUGUCUCAAUUUUGUCAUUAAAUGAUCACAGUUAAUUCCUAUGAUUAAAGAUUAAAGAUUAUAUGUAUGCUCAUUAUAUGGAGACUAAAGAUUGAGAGAUUAAUUUACCUUGUAGAAAUUGAAAUCACGAUUAGGAGUUUGAUCGAGAAAAUCGUCGACAAUUUGACGGGUUCUUCCAUCAGACCAAA